GAGGGGUGGGGGUUCACUUCCGGUUCAGCAGACGUAAACAGAGAGGCGCUCCUCAACGGAGAGCUGGAGACAACAUGACCAAGCUGGAGCUGUUGAACGUGUUUCUGAACGACAGAAUGACAGCGGCUGCUGAGGAGAUUUUCCGAGCCGUCAAAGACACCUUUGUUGAAUAUCAGAGUGAAAUUCACCGCUCUAAAGAAGAAAACGAGCGUCUGAAACGGCUACUCAAUGUCGCCGUCCAACGACUAUUGCUGCAACCAGGACCAGAAGCCUGUGGUGUCCAGUCCCAAGAUCAUCACGUCUCUGACUCUGCAAGGGGAACCAGUGUGCAACCACAAGUGAAAAAAGAGCCCAACCUUGGAGACGUUCACAGAGAGUGUAUACAUGAUGGAAGAGACCCCGAAAAACAUUGCGGUCAAUUUGAGACACAACUUAAGUCACAUUCGAUGUUAGUUCAAACGGUGUGUAGUCGAGAUACUGUCUCACCUCCUUUGCCAUCCCGGGAGACAAAGACAGACUGGGACAGUGAGGGACACUUUGCAGCCAGCAGCUCAUCAUCCACUCACACUGUCCCUUCAGACGGCAAAGACACUCACAGUGAUCCUUGUGGUACUGCUGGAAAUAGCCACAAAACCACCCAGAAAGAUCUCUCAGGAUCGGUUGGACAGCAGGUGAAAGGACCACAUUACAUCAAUCGAAAGCAAAGUGUCAACCUACUGCAGCUAAAACACAUGAAAUCCCUCAAGUCGGCCCCUUCGCGUAACUCUCACGCGACCAUCCAGAGGUGGCACAGCUGUAAAGAGUGUGGAAAAGGCUUCAGCUUUGCUUGCCAGUUGGAGGUCCACAUGCGUUGGCACACCAAGGAGAAGCCGUAUUGCUGCACGGUGUGCCGAAAGAGCUUCACUACGGUCAGCAUGCUCAAGAGACAUCAUCGAAUCCACACUGGAGAGAAGCCCUUUCGCUGCCAUGUGUGUGGCAAAUGCUUCAAUCAGUCUGCACACCUUAACACCCAUUUUCGUCUCCACACUCGAGAACGAGCCAGCUGGAACCGAGCGCAAUUUCCAAGGAACCCUCAGUGGACUGGAAACUAAAUGAAAUUUAUGCUUCUCAGCACACCGUGUACAAAGAGCCUCUUCAUCACUGUUUUCGGGUUCUCUGUGUGAAGAAAACAUGUUGUGUGGUGCAUUGUUUUUCUUUCAGGUCUUUUUUUCCUUUUUUUUUAAACUUUUUAAAAAAGUCCUUUUUGUGCAGCACGCAUCCUGCAAUUACAGCUUAUUAUUGCAAGAAAGGUCAUGAAUGUUUGGUGUAUUCCACUGAUUUUUUUUUAAAAAUCAUUCCAUGUAAAAAAAAAAGACAAAGAAUAUAGUAAUAGUGAGCCAAAUUAAACAAAUCUGAUGUCAUGAUCAGCUGUAAACCAGAAUCCAUGGUAUUGUUUAUGUAUAUUAAACAGUGUAUACUCAAAAA